UACACCGCACAAUGGUUGCUCUCCAUUUACGUAUGAUGAUGAAGCUAAGUUUUUCAUUAUUUCCUCUGCCUUUAUUAAUAUUAUACUCUGUAACGGUUUGCUCAGCCCUGAACAUUACUGCUGAUGCGUCUUCUCUUCUUGCCUUGAAAUCUAGUAUUGACAUACACACUCAUCGUCCCAUCAUUAUGGCCAACUGGUCUAAUGCUUCCUCAGUGUGUGACUGGGUUGGAGUCACAUGUGGCGGCUCUCGCUAUCGCCGAGUGAUUGCUUUAGAUAUCUCCCAAAUGGGUCUUUCUGGAACCAUUCCUCCGCAAUUUGGAAAUCUCUCAUUUCUUAUCUCUCUCAACGCAAGUGGCAAUAAUUUUGGUGGGGUUUUGCCUAGUGAAUUAAAUCAUUUGCGUAGAUUGAGAGCUCUUGAUUUUAGUGCCAACAAUCUUUCCGGAGAAGUCCCUUCGUGGUUUGGGUUCCUAUCUGAUCUUAAAGUAUUGAAUCUUGGUCAUAAUGGGUUUACAGGUUCUAUCCCUCUUUCGUUUCUAAAUUUGUCAAAUCUUGUGGCCUUAAACUUCACAUCCAAUCUUUUAGAAGGCCAUAUUCCCAAGGAUAUUGGCAAGCUACAUUCACUCAUGGGGCUAGUUUUGGAUUUUAAUAAAUUAUCUGGCGCUAUUCCAUCCACAAUCUCCAACAUGUCCACCUUGGAAUAUUUGAGUUUAGAAGGUAAUCUUCAUUUAAGUGGGGAAAUAGUACCAAAGAGUUUAUCUAGGUGUUCCAAACUAAGAUAUUUGAAUUUGGAAGAGAACAAUUUUGAGGGAACCAUACCACCAGAAGUUGGAAACAUAACAAGCCUUGUGAUCCUUUUCAUUGGCGGUAACAACAACCUUAGAGGCAAAAUUCCGAAAGAAAUUGGCAAUCUCCAUAACUUGGAAAGAUUUGAUAUUAACAGCGACCACAUAAUGGGCUCGAUACCACCGCAUAUAUGUAAUAUUUCUUCAAUGCGGGCUUUGGGUUUGAAUGAGAACCGCAUAUCAGGUACUAUACCUAAAGAGAUUUGCAAUUAUCCAAGGUUGAAAAGACUUUAUUUACAGUUCAAUUUUCUCAGUGGUUCCAUACCGUGGUGCAUAUUCAAUAUCUCUACUCUAUGGCGAAUAAAUUUUAAUUCCAAUAAUCUCUCAGGUAGUCUUCCCCCUAGAAUGGGCUUUAAACUUCCAAAUCUUGAUGGUAUUGGCAUUUCUCUUAAUAGAAUCACUGGAGCUAUUCCAAGCUAUAUCUCCAAUUGUUCUUACUUGACGGCCAUAUACUUUGAUUCUAAUAGUUUAAGUGGCCCAAUUCCGAACUCUUUAGGAGAACUAAGAUUGUUGAAAUUAUUGGACUUGUUUGAUAAUAAGUUGACCACUGAAUCUUCAUCUGUUGGGCUCAAUAUUGUUACUUCAUUAGCAAACUGUAGAUACUUGAGUGAACUUUGGUUGGAUAACAAUGCUCUGAAUACUGUCCUACCAAGUUCCUUUGGUAAUCUCUCCAUCUCCCUUGAGACCUUUUCAAUAGCUGGUUGUAAUAUCAUGGGGGGAAUUCCAAAAGAAAUUGGUAACUUAAGUAGUAUAAACUCAAUAGACUUAUCACGAAAUGAAUUGAGUGGAGUUAUUCCUAGAGCUAUAAGAGGUCUUCAAAUGGUUCAACGGUUGUUAAUUUCUGAUAAUAGAUUAAGUGGUGUGUUGCCAAGUAGCAUUUGUAAUUUGCAACACUUGGGAGAAUUGGAUUUGAAUGACAAUCUAAUUUGGGGUUCUAUUCCUGAGUGCAUAGGGAAUGUUACUUCCUUAAGGAAUCUCUAUCUAAACUCUAACAGAUUGAAUUUCAAUAUACCACUAAGCCUCUGGAACCUUAAGGACCUCUUGAUCCUUGGCCUAUCUUCAAAUUAUUUAAAGGGAUCUUUGCCACAACAGAUUGGAAAUCUAAAAGUUGCGAUACACAUCAAUUUAUCGCAUAAUUAUUUCUCAGGAAACAUUCCAAGUACCAUUGGAGGCUUGCAACAAUUGCAAUACAUUAUCCUAGCAAACAAUCUUCUACAAGGAUCUAUACCUAAUACUUUUGCAAGUAUGAUUAGCUUGGAAUAUAUGGAUUUGUCAAACAAUAAUUUGACAGGUAUGAUUCCCAAAUCAUUGGAGACACUCCGCUAUCUCAAAUUUUUGAAUGUAUCUUUCAACAGAUUAAGUGGAGAAAUUCCAAGCAAAGGUCCUUUUAAAAAGUUUGGUUAUCUAUCAUUUUUGUCCAAUGAAGGGUUGUGUGGUUCCUCAAGGCUAAAAGUACCACCUUGUAAUCUUACUUCUAAUUCUCAUCGAUCCAUAAGGAGAUUGCUUUGGAUUGUAUUAAUCUCUAUAGCUAUAUUGAUUGUGGGAAUCUCAUUGGUUAUAUUACAUAAAUGCAAAAGCAAAAAGUCAAUUGCUAAUGAAGUUAAUUUGUUUCAAGAAAUGGUGCCUCCGAGAAUUUCCUAUUAUGAACUUCAGCAAGCAACUCAAGGGUUUGAUAACAGUAACUUGCUAGGGACUGGAAGCUUUGGUUCUGUUUAUAAGGGCAUAUUUAAUAAUGGGUUGUCCUUGGCCAUCAAGGUAUUUAAUUCGCAAGUUGAAGGUGCAUUCAAGAGCUUUGAUAUAGAAUGUGAACUGUUGCGCAACCUCCGCCACAGGAAUCUCACAAAGAUCAUUAGUGCUUGCUCUAACUUAGACUUUAAGGCACUCAUACUUCAGUACAUGCCUCAUGGUAGCCUAGACAAUUGGUUAUAUUCUGAAAAUCAAUCGUUGGACAUCAUGCAAAGAUUAAACAUAAUGAUUGAUGUGGCAUGUGGGCUAGAGUAUUUGCACUAUGGUAACAGUAUUCCAAUUGUUCAUUGUGAUAUAAAGCCAAGUAAUGUAUUACUUGAUGAAGAUAUGGUGGGACAUGUAAGUGAUUUUGGGAUCUCAAAGUUACUUGGAGAUGAUAGAUCAAUUGCUUAUACUUGUACCAUGGCUACAGCGGGAUAUAUUGCCCCAGAGUAUGGAUCAAGAGGAAUGGUUUCCACAAGAUGUGAUGUUUAUAGUUAUGGAAUAAUGUUAAUGGAAGUUUUCACAAAGAAGUGCCCAAGUAAUGAAAUGUUUUCAGGAGACCUUACUUUAAAGAGCUGGGUUUAUAAUUCACUUUCUAGCACUCUUGAUCUGAUUGUGGACUCUACCUUAUUAAGGGCCGAAGAAUUGCAACUUAGUCAAAAAUUGCAAUGCAUAUCAACUAUUUUGGAGUUGGCUUUGAAUUGCACAUUGGAAUCUCCUGAAGAGAGGGUUGAUAUUCGAGUUGUCUUGACAAAACUCAAUAAGAUCAAAUGUCAACUGCUCACAAUUUUAUAAGAAUUUAUGGUAUGGGAUUGGUUAUAUUUGUUUUAACAUCCAUAUCAAUAUAUUAUUACUCGUAGCUUGAGUUUGUUAUUGAAGACUAUUAAUGAAACCAAUAUUAUUGCUUAAUAAUAUAUACAUGCUUUUUUUCCA